AUGUUUAUCUCCAGGCUGUAUGCGCUGGUUUCGAAACGCCUCAGGCCGCACUCAACACAUGCAUGCGUGCCAUCCAGUUGCACUUGCUCAAGAUUUUCUACCAACACACCGCCUCAGUCGCCACCUCCUCCUGGUUUCUCGCCACCUCCUCCUGGUUUCUCGCCACCUCCUCCUGGUUUCUCGCCACCUCCUCCUGAUUUCUCGCCACCUCCUCCUGAUUUCUCGCCACCCCCACCUGAUGUCUCACCACCCCCACCUGAUGUCGAUGAGGAUCCAGAGUCAGAAUUCACGGACGCGAGUGGGCGUUACUAUCGUACGUAUCAUUCGCUCCUCAAUGGACUGCCAUGCACAGCUGAUGGUGUAUUUCUACCGCCUGGUACACCACCAACUCCUGCUCCACUGAAGUCUCCUCAUGACUGGAGUCCAUAUCGCAGUGAUGUUGAGUUUGCAACGGCAGAGUUUACCUUCAAGCAAUGCCAUAUGUCUAACAAAGCUUCGGACAUACUAUUCGACUUGAUGGCUGCGCAGCUAUUAAAACACAACGACUCCCCUCCAUUCGCGGACCACAAGGAUUUGCACAAGGUCAUUGACGCUACACAGCUUGGCAAUGUCCCUUGGCAAUGUCUCUCGGUUCAAUACGCGGGGGAACGCCCUGAGCACGAUACUCCUCCGUGGAUGGGCAAAGAAUAUGAAGUUUGGUACAGAGACCCCCGCGUGAUGGCACACAACAUGUUGGCCAAUACCACCUACAAGGGUGAGAUUGACUAUGCGCCAUUUCGAGAGUAUGAUUCGUCGGACAAUACACGCCGAUGGAAAGACUUUAUGUCUGGAGAUUGGGCAUGGCAACAAGCCGACGAGAUAUCGAAGGAUCCGAACACGCAUGGAUCAAUGUUCGUCCCAAUAAUCCUUGGGAGUGACAAGACCACCGUAUCUGUGGGCACGGGUAAUAACGAAUAUUACCCCUUGUAUGCCUCGAUCGGCAAUGUACACAACAAUGUGCGACGCGCUCAUCGCGAUGCUCUCGUUAUCAUUGGUUUCCUCUCUAUACCAAAAACUACUAGGAAAUAUGCUCACGACGAUUCGUUUCGUCUAUUUCGCCGCCAGCUUUUUCACUGCUCGCUAUCCGCGAUUCUAUCCACCCUGAAGCCUGCGAUGACCGAGUACGAGGUCCUGCGUUGCGCAGACGGUCAUUUUCGACGCAUCAUAUUUGGCCUAGGACCUUACAUAGCUGACUAUGAGGAGCAACUGGUGCUAUCUUGCACCGUCAAAAACUGGUGCCCGAAAUGUCUUGCACAUCGUGGUGACCUGGAUGGCGGCGGUAAUCUCCCACGCACUCGAGAGCAUACAGAUCUCCUCGUAUCUGAACAUAUAGACUCAGAUACAUUGUGGCAUGAAUUUGGUAUCGUUAGCGUUCUCGUCCCAUUCACAAAUGAUUUCCCCCGAGCCGACAUUCAUAAAUUGAUAUCCUUUGAUCUCCUCCACCAGCUAGUCAAAGGCGCUUUCAAGGAUCAUCUUGUGGACUGGGUCUUAAAGUAUCUCAAACUCACGCAUGGGACCAAACGAGGAGAAGAGAUCAUGAGUGACAUAGAUCGCAGAAUUGCUGCUGUGGCAUCAUUCACUGGGCUACGGCGAUUUCCCGACGGCCGUGGCUUCAAACAGUGGACAGGUAACGAUUCCAAGGCCCUCAUGAAGGUUUUCCUUCCGGCUAUUGAAGGCCAUGUACCUCAAGACAUGGUGCGCGCAUUUCGCGCUCUUUUAGAAUUUUGUUAUAUUGCACGACGCGAUGUAAUUACCGAAGCCUCUCUGGUUCAACUCAAUGAUGCGCUCACUCGAUAUUCGAAACCACAGGCACAGUCCCUCACUUCUCGUUACCCUCGUCAACACUCGAUGACUCACUAUGUGGACAUGAUCCGACUGUUUGGUGCCCCAAACGGAUUAUGUUCGUCGAUCACGGAAUCCAAGCACAUCAAGGCGGUCAAGGAACCUUGGCAGUGGUCUAACAAGCACAACGCCCUGGGUCAAAUGCUAUUGACCAAUCAACGGCUUGAUAAACUUGCAGCAUCUCGCCUGGACUUUGCUGCUCGUGGGAUGCUUGUCGGCUCUGUGUUAUCAAGAGCUGUGGCCGCUCUCACUGUCGGCCCUGAAGAUGAGCCAAAUGCCCCAGUGAUCGCACCAGAAGUCGAGGGUGAGGUUGACGAUGGUGAAGCUGUUGAUGGCCCAACUGUGCUCGCUUUUGUGCAGCUCGCGCGGACACCUCAACGAAAACGGGCACGGACUGUAAUGGAGCUAGCAGAUGAGGUCAAUGUACCUCACCUGCGACGCCUUAUCCGUUACUUUCUGUUCUCUCAACUCCACCCUAACGAUCCCCGCAGCCCCGAGGAUGUCCCCGCUGCUAGCUGUCCUCGGCAUGAUGGCACGCUUUAUGUCUUUAAUUCUGCAGCUGCGACUUUCUAUGCCCCGAGCGAUCCCAGUGGCAUUGGCGGCAUGCGACGUGAACAGAUACGAGCUUGUCCACUCUGGCGGAAUGUCGCUGCCCGUAAUGAUUGUGUGUUUGUCAAUGCCAAUCCAGACCUUGAAGGGAUGAGAGGGCUCGAAGUCGCAAGAGUCAAAUGUUUCUUUUCUUUCAAGUUUAAUUGGGUCACAUAUCCAUGUGCCCUCGUUCAGUGGUUCGACAAGGUUGGCGACUUACGUCCAACUGUUCAUGACGAUGGCACCCCAAACUUCGCCGUCAUCCAUAUUGACACAAUUUACCGCGCAGCCCACUUGAUCCCUGUCUAUGGUCCCGACUUCAUUGCUGACAACAUCGAGUAUUUUCACUCCUAUGAUGCUUUUCGCUCAUUCUAUAUUAAUAAAUUUGCUGAUCACCAUGCAUUUGAGAUCGCGUCGUGA